CCCGACAACAACGUGCUCCGCUUAAACUCAAAAUAUUUUGGACUUUUUUCGGCUGUUUCGGCUCGCCUCCUCUACUCCCAACUGUGACUCACCUUUCUCGGACAGCGGUAGCGGGACACACAAGCACUCCGGAAAUUUGGCUCUUCCUAAUUCUUUCUCAACCGGAAAAGGAGGGGAAAUAAUGAUGGAAGAGCAAGGUUUUGAAGGUUUGUCUUUGAGCCAGGCCCUGCCGCUCAGCCAGGACGACUCAUUCAAAGAGUUUUGGAGGGGAUUAAAACCCUGUAUCUCCACCAUUCAAACGGUGACUGACGCGCCUCAGGAAACAUGGACAGCUGGGAACAUGUAUGACUCAAUCUCUCAAGUGCUGAAUGAGGGCUUUGAUGAGAAUCUGUUUGAGCUGUCAAUGGAGAUGCCUACGACAGACAGUGUUACUCCCCCUUCCUCCACCGUCCCGGUUACAACCGACUACCCGGGGGAAUAUGGCUUCCAGCUUCGCUUCCAGAAGUCUGGCACUGCCAAGUCCGUCACCUCCACCUAUUCAGAGAGUCUCAACAAGUUGUAUUGCCAGCUGGCAAAGACCAGCCCGGUUGAAGUGCUCGUGAGCAAGGAGCUUCUUUUGGGUGCCGUUUUCAGGGCCACUGCAGUUUAUAAGAAGACCGAACAUGUGGCCGAAGUGGUCCGCAGAUGUCCCCAUCACCAGAAUGAGGACGCUGCAGAGCAUCGCAGCCAUCUGAUCAGAGUGGAGGGCAGCCAGAGAGCUCAGUAUUUUGAAGAUCCGCACACAAAGAGGCAGAGUGUGACUGUCCCCUACGAGCCCCCACAGUUGGGCUCAGAGAUAACGACCAUCCUGCUGAGCUUCAUGUGCAACAGUUCCUGCAUGGGGGGCAUGAACCGCAGACCCAUCCUCACCAUCCUGACCCUCGAGACUCCAGAGGGACUUGUUUUAGGCCGGAGGUGCUUCGAGGUGCGUGUCUGUGCUUGUCCAGGCAGGGACCGCAAAUCUGAGGAGGAAAGUAAAGCCAAGAUGCAGAGCGGCACCAAACAAACUAAAAAACGCAAGAGCGGCCCUCCGGCUCCUGACACCACUUCCAAAAAGUCCAAGUUGGCCUCCAGUGCCGAGGAGGAGGAUAAGGAUGUCUAUGUUCUGCAUGUUCGGGGUCGCGAGCGUUAUGAGAUGUUUAAGAAACUCAACGAUGGUCAGGAGUUGCUGGACAAAGAAAACAAAACCAAGACCAAGGUGUCUGUGAAGCACGAGCUGGCUGUGCCGUCCAGCGGAAAGAGACUCCUGCAGAGAGGAGAGCGGAGCGACAGCGACUAAGAGGCUCGUCGUCUUCAUCAUGGGAACAAAAUGUCCUCGCUUCCUCCUUCCACGUCAUCGGGUUUAUUUCAAGCUUUUACUUUAAAAUCACCUCUUGUAUGAGUACUCCAGAAAACUUGAUUCAAUAACUAUGCUGCCUGAUUGUUUACUGUACCAAGUGCUGGACAGUGUCUCGCUGUUUUUUUUUUUUGACGUUUGCCAAUGAAUAAAGGUUGACUAGAUAACGCAGAGGAGAGCAGUUCAUACUGUAAGCAGGUCUGCGUCGUCCUCAAUGCCCUCAUUGCAUUUAGAGGUGUCCUGUGAAACGCUGCGACAUCUUAAACUUUGAAUCAGGAGUGUAUUUCAUCAGUGUUGAUCUUGGCAGGGAUUAGAUUUUACAUCAGUCAUGUUACUCAUAAUGCAUUAUUUCGAUUAUGUCGAGUAAAACUGAAGAGAUGUUUCUUGGUUUUUCAUCGACUUUUGUUUUUAUAUUUGUCAAAAAUAGUAAUUAUGAUUUUGAGAAGCAGCUUGGUAAAAUUAACAGAUGUGUGGUUGCAAAAGGUCAUAAUAAUAAUAAUAAUAAUAAUAACACGAGUCACUGCCAGUCGUUUAAAGUCACACUACCUCCAUUAAUGUUGCGGUGUUACUGUACCAGUAGAUCCUGCCACACUCUCCUGUAGGCUGUCAACCGGACCAAAUGUUUCUGAGUAGAUGUCCAACAAUGAAAGUCAGAAAUGGGAACAAAUUGUGUGUUUUUUGGGGAAAUGAACAGCAGAUUUGGUAGAUUAUGGGGCUGGCUGGAUCACCCCAAAAGUUAAUCAGCUUUUAGUAUUUGUAACUUUUUCAUACAGCGCAGAACAGAAGUUGAUACCGGUGGGAAAAAAAGAGCAAUUUUGACAGAAAUACAGGAAAAUGUGGACAGUAAAUUUGCAACGGAACACAUACGGACAUAACAUAGCAAGAGAAUCACCGUAAAAGGAUUUAUAAGGUGCAAACCACUCUGUUUAGAUACCAAAACUAUUUCCCGUUUACACUAAUGUGAUUGACAUUUUGUCAUUUCUGCUGACCAUGCAAUUUUUUUACUUAUUCAGCACUUCAGUUUGGUGUGACCAAUCACUGCCAGUCAAUUGAACCACUUUUUCUUUUACACUGCCAAAAAAAAGAAGUAUAUUUUAUGUUUUUUCUCUGUUUUAUUUCUGUUUCUUAAUGGAUUAUUUUGGGAACUUUAGUUUUGUAGAAGAGGUUUUUCUUUCUAUAUUUUUCAUUGUUAUUGUUUUUCACUUUUUUUUGUACUAAUUUGCAUUUUGUUACUAAAGCUUUAAGCAAAAAAUAAAUUCAUAAAGUCAAA